UGGAUUCAUGGAAGCUGCUGCGUCAUCUGAGGUCCAGGGAGCGAUGGAGGCUUUAGGAGAGCGUCUGCAGCUGCUGGUGAGAACCUUCAGGAGGGAGUGUCCCCGGGUCCUGGAGUCUGAGAGGACCACCGUGCAUGGAGCUGAUGGCAUGAUGAUGGUGCUGCAGCUGGCCGUGGCUGAAGUGAAUAAACAGCACCGCGGCGAGUUCAAAGUGUCUCUGAGUGAUGUCCUGAUGGCCUGGAAACACUUACUGUUCGGCAAACUUCACCUGCCGGCCCCCGACUCUGCACGCUUGGAGAACUAUGAUCUCAUCGUGGAGGCGUACGAGUCUUUCCUGAAACGCUCCAACACGGUGGACCUGGUUGAUGUCCUCCGCAUGUACAAACAGCUGAGACAAGUGAACGCUGACCCAGAGGAGCCCGUGAGCCCGAUGAAAAUGGCAGUGAGAAGGGUUUUCUGCUCCUAUCUGAAUUUGCUCGUUAAUGCCAAGAACGACAUGGCCGUGGCGCUAACCCUUGACGUCCCCGGUCGCGCACUUGGACGUCAGGCGUUCACCGACGUCAAGCACGCCGCACAGAGCGCCAACACUUCUCUGUUCCUGGCUGUGACGUCCUUCGUGAGGGCCAUCCAGCUCGGAGGAAAGGGCUAUGCUCCAGCUGAGUCUGACCCACUGAGGAAACAUGUCAAAGGCCUGUCUGACUUUGUCCAGUUUCUAGACAACCUGGAAGAAAUACUGGGGGAGGUUCCUGACCCAAGCGUAUGCGGAGCCAAGCUAGUGGCGGCCAUCAGGGCGGCGCUGGUUAAGGGACGCAGCAGCGGAGACGAGUUGUACGCUGCAGCCGAGGAGACGACAAAGGAGCUAAAGGAGAGGAUCUGCCAGAUACACGAGAUCCAGAAACGGGCUGCCAAUGGAAGCGGGACGGGGAUCAGCCCUGCCAGGCCGAAAGCGCACGCAGUGAAUCACGCCACUGCCUUCGGAGGUCGGGACACGGUGAAGGUGCUGAUGGCGCUGCUGGACGAGGAAGCCCUGACAGCGCCGUGCGCCAACAAGGCCGACCUGUUGUCUGAGGAGCAGCCCGACCUGUGUGGAGCUGAGGGAACAUGUGUCCUCACGUUGUUCAGAUCUCCUGAAGUGUCCACCGGAUGUUCUCCAGAGCCCCUGAAAAACCGAGUCCAGAGCCGACUGGACCUGCUCAAACCCAAGGCUAAAGACAAAGUCAUGCGAUCCCAGUUUGCGUGCACGUACAAAGAAGAGGAACUGCCCCUCAACCGUGUGCUGGAGUUCCCCAGCAGCAGCCAGGUUCCGACCUGCGUGCACCCUGCACCAAAGGUCAGGACCGCUCCAGCUGUGGAUGAGAAGAGUUGCUCUGGUGCGGAGGGAAGAAGCUCAGCCAAGCCUCCGUCUGAAUGUCCAAAUAAGGAGCCGAGUGGCAUCCAACAGGGAGCCACGCUCAAGCCAAGAAGUGGAAAUGCCCCAACCCGAGGUGCAGGCCUGGGCGACGGACAGAAGACCACGCAGAGCAAGGGCAGCAAGAGGAAGCAGGUGGAUUCUGACCAACACGGAGGAUCAGAGAACCAGCCGCCGGAGAAGAAACUAACCAGGAGUGUCUCGGUCAAAGUGCCCGGCAAGAAAGUCGGCAAGGCCGCGGGUAAGAAGAAGCUGAUAUCAGGACAGGGAAAGUUAACCAGCUUCUUCAGAGUCUAAGCAUCAUGCACACAUACUUCAUUUCGUCACAUGACGUUAAUUGAUUAUGAUUGUUUCCUUUUUCUUAUCUCUUCUAAACUCUUGAUAAUGACAGUGGGAAAGU